AUGCCUGGAGCCAGCGCGGUUGGGUAUGGCAGUGAUGAUGAGUCUGCUCCACCUGCCCUUCCCUAUGGCUACGGGGCACUCCCUGGAGACAGUCCUCGUAGAAAGCGUACGGCAACAGAGAUUCGGGAAUAUGGAAUCCAACAGAAUUCGUUUGGCAGGGUUCGCUCCCGGUCUAGCGCAGAGCUUCAACUGCGUCCAACUUUUGCAGAGACUCGAGCACGACCGAGCCUUCAAUACCACAAGGCCUUGUUGGAGCUAGUGAAAAAGUCCAGAAUCACCAUGAUGAAGUCGGAUUAUGACAUUUUGAAAGAGAAUCACAAGUUUUUGCGCACUGAAGAUGCAGAUGAUGGUUCCUGGGAGUCCAGACUUGCACGCAGAUACUACGAUCGACUGUUCAAAGAGUACGUCAUUUGUGACUUGUCUGGUUAUCGAGAAGGCCGAGUGGGCUUUCGUUGGCGCACAGAAGGAGAGGUGUUGCAGGGUCGAGGGCAAUUUACUUGCGGACACAAGCAUUGCCAUGCAAAAGACAUGCUGAAGAGUUACGAAGUCGAUUUCAAGUAUGUUGAGGAGCGGCGGAAACGCGCGCUAGUGAAGGUUCGCCUUUGUCAGGAUUGCGCCUUCAAGCUGCACUACCGACGCAUCAAGAAAGCACGAAAGCGCCGGCGAAGGGAGGCACAAACAGGUGCAGAGGAGCCAGAAGGCGAAGCAGCGCCUGAGGAAGAUAAUCUAGUGCAAGCAAAGCAAUAUGAGCCUCUCAUAGAGGCGGAUGGAGCGGCCGCAGAGAGGGAUCCUGAUCCGGAAGCUCCGACAGCCUCUGACCUUCAGCUCCUGGAGUCGAUGGCGUGGCGUGGCCCUGACCCAAAUGUACGCAGCCGAGAGGACGACAUUGACGAUUUCCUUCGAGACUUGUUCCCAUGA